UGCCAAGAGCGAAGCAGUUACCCCUGGGGCGCCGGGGGCUGGGAGGGGUUGGCGGCCGGGACGGAAGCACAGGGAAAGGCGGGGCCGCGCCAGGAACUAGCGUAGCUUCUGUCGUUAGGGCACCCUCUUUCCUUGCUAAAUACCGACUCCCCCGUCCAUGUGGUGGUGUGUGUGCACUUGCCAGUCUGCUUGAGAGUGAAGAUCUCGAAGGAUUGCAUAGUUAAGUUGCUUUUACAGAAUUAACAGGUCUCCAAGAAAUAAAAAAAGGUCAUUAUUGCUGUGGUUUGAGCUCAGCAUGGCUGUAGUCAUCCGUUUACUGGGGCUUCCUUUUAUUGCGGGGCCUGUGGAUAUUCGUCACUUCUUCACGGGAUUGACUAUUCCUGAUGGAGGAGUGCAUAUAAUUGGAGGGGAAGUUGGGGAGGCUUUUAUUAUUUUUGCAACAGAUGAAGAUGCAAGACGUGCCAUAAGUCGUUCAGGAGGGUUUAUCAAGGAUUCAUCUGUAGAGCUUUUUCUUAGUAGUAAGGCAGAAAUGCAGAAGACUAUAGAAAUGAAAAGAACUGAUCGCAUGGGAAGAGAGAGACCAGGAUCUGGGGCACCAGGGGUUGGCAGCUUAUCUAAUUUUGUUGAGGCUAUUAAAGAAGAAGCAAGUAAUUCUGGAUAUGGCUCUCCGAUUAAUCAAGAUGCUGGGUUUCAUACUAAUGGUACAGGACAAGGUGAUUUAAGGCCAAGAAAGACACGGCCAUUGAAGGCAGAGAAUCCUUACUUGUUUCUGCGAGGCUUGCCUUACUUAGUAAACGAAGAUGAUGUACGUGUCUUUUUCUCUGGUUUGUGUGUGGAUGGAGUAAUUUUCUUAAAGCAUCAUGAUGGCCGAAAUAAUGGUGAUGCCAUAGUAAAAUUUGCUUCAUGUAUCGAUGCUUCAGGAGGUCUUAAAUGUCAUAGAAGUUUUAUGGGCUCAAGAUUUAUUGAAGUAAUGCAAGGCUCGGAACAACAGUGGAUUGAGUUUGGAGGUAAUGCAGUUAAGGAGGGUGACAUUUCUAUGAGGACUGAAGAACAUUCUCCACCAAGAGGAAUUAAUGAUAGACAUUUUUGGAAACGAUCUCAUUCAAAAUCUCCCAGAAGAACACGUUCUCGUUCUCCUCUUGGAUUUUAUGUUCACUUAAAAAACCUGUCCCUAAGUAUUAACAAAAGAGAUUUAAGAAAUUUCUUUAGAGAUACUGAUCUGACUAAUGAACAGAUUAGGUUUUUAUAUAAGGAUGAAAGAAGAACAAGAUAUGCCUUUGUGAUGUUCAAGACUCUGAAAGACUACAACACUGCUUUGGGUUUACAUAAGACUGUUUUACAGUAUCGUCCAGUUCAUAUUGAUCCAGUUUCUAGAAAACAGAUGCUGAAGUUCAUUGAAUGUUAUGAAAAGAAAAGACCAGCGUCAACAGAGAAAGAGAGGCUUGGACACGUUUCACAAAAAUACUCUCAAGAAGGCUAUUCUGGCCAGAAACUGUGCAUAUAUAUAAGAAAUUUUCCAUUUGAUGUUACAAAAGUUGAAGUGCAGAAGUUCUUUGCAGACUUUUCUCUUGCUGAGGAUGACAUUUACUUGCUUUAUGAUGACAAAGGAGUUGGUCUAGGAGAAGCAUUGGUGAAAUUCAGAUCAGAAGAACAGGCCGUGAAAGCUGAACGUUUAAACCGACGAAGAUUCUUGGGGACAGAGGUAUUGUUAAGGCUCAUAUCUGAGGUACAAAUGCGGGAGUUUGGUGUAAAUUUUUCUUCAAUGUCCAGUGAGAGGAUGCAUGACCAUUCACAGUCAUGUGAUAGAGAUGAUCAUUCCCAUUCAUUUGACUCAAAUGAUCUACCAUUAUACUCGGUUGGCCCUUCUGAAAACUUUAGGCAUCAGCAAGAGGACUUGAGGCAACUGGACAAUUUCAAGCAUCCCCAGGGGGAUUUCCGACCUCCUGAAAGGCGCCCUCCAGAAGACUUUAGGCAUUCCCCAGAGGAUUUCAGGCACUCCCCUGAAGACUUCAGGCGCCUUCGGGAGGAACACUUCAGGCGGCCUCCUGAGGAGGACUUCAGGCGUCCUUGGGAAGAGGACUUCAGACACUCUCCGGAGGAGGAUUUCAGGCGCUCUCGGGAGGAGGACUGGAGGCGGCCACCUGAGGAGGAUUUCAGGCGGCCUCCCAAGGAAGACUUCAGGAGACCCCCUGAGGAGGACUGGAGGCGGCCCCCCCAGGGAGACUUCAGGAGGCCACCUGAGGAGGAUUGGAGACGGCCUCCUGAGGAGGACUUCAGACGGCUUCCCCCGGGGGAAUGGAGGCGACCACCUGAGGAAGACUUCCGGCGGCCCCCUGAGGAGGAUUUCAGGCGACUUCCAGAGGAGGACUUCCGGCGACCUCCUGAGGAGGACUUCAGGCGGCCCCACGAGGAGGACUUCAGGCGGUCUCCUGAGGAGGAUUUCCGGCGUUCUCCUGAGAAGGACUUCCGGCGGCCACCUGUGGAACACUUCCGGCGGCCGCCCCCGGAGCACUUCCGGCGGCCACCUGCGGAGCACUUCCGGCGGCCGCCUCAGGAGCAUUUCCGGCGGCCGCCCCAGGAGCAUUUCAGACGGCCGCCCCAGGAGCAUUUCAGACGGCCGCCUCAGGAACAUUUCAGGCGGCCAUCCCAGGAGCAUUUUAGGCGCCCCCGAGAGGAAGAUUUUAGGCACCCACUGGAUGAAGAUUUCAGGGGCCCUCCAGAUGAAGACUUUAGGCACCCUCCUGAUGAGGACUUCAGGAGUCCCCAGGAGGAAGAUUUUAGAAGCCCUUCUGAUGAGGACUUCAGGCGGCUCCCGGAGGAAGACCUCAGGGAAGCUCCGGAGGAGGACCCUAGACUUACUGACAGUUUUAGACUUCCUGGUGAGGAGUUUAGGAGCCCCCCUGAUGAUUUUAGAAGUCAUCGCCCUUUUGUGAAUUUUGGUCGCCCAGAAGGUGGCAAGUUUGAUUUUGGAAAGCGUAAUAUGGGAAGUUUUCCUGAGGGGAGAUUUAUGCCUGAUCCAAAAUUAAAUUGUAAUUCAGGUAGAGUAACACCCAUUAAGAUAAUGAAUCUUCCAUUUAAAGCUAAUGUUAAUGAAAUUCUAGACUUUUUCCAUGGUUACAGAAUCAUACCUGAUUCAGUUUCAAUACAGUAUAACGAGCAAGGAUUACCUACAGGGGAAGCCAUUGUUGCCAUGAUAAACUACAAUGAAGCUAUGGCUGCUAUUAAAGAUCUGAAUGAUAGGCCAGUUGGCCCCCGCAAAGUUAAGUUAAUUUUGCUCUAGAGAGCAUUUCUAAAUUCAGGAUUACCUCCCCACAGUAUUGAUGCAGUAAAAUGCAUUUUUUUAAGUGUUUAUUUUUAACUAAUGAAAAGAAACAUUUUAAUUUUGACCUGUGAAUAGAACAAAUGUAAAUAGUAGAAUGUGAAUCUGGUUUUCUUUUGCUUGCAAAUUGUCAUUCACUUUUUCUAACUUAAAAAUAUAUAUGCCUUUUUGUUUUUUGUUUUUUUGACCAGUGGGGGAGAGAACUAAUUCCCUCAGUGCAUUAAUUUUUGUUGAUGUCAUGGGUAAACGUCAAGACUUGUAUAGUAGAACUGUAUUUGGGGAAGAUAACUUUUAUAUUCACUUUUGUUUCCAUUCUGUAGUCUACAUCUUUUUACUCAAACUGUAUAAGGAAAUGGUCAGUGACUGAUUGUUCAGGGUUAGCAUUUUCAUUGCUAACUGCCUGCAGAAUUAAUGCCCUCUUCCUUGUCUGAGAUAUUACUGUGUUUAAGCCUCCCCUUAAUCAUAAAUAGUUCAAAAUUGACAGACUGUGAACUUGAAGUUUACUUAUGUAAAAAGCUUAGGAAAUUCUUAAAACUUCGAUGCUCAUAACUUGCAAAAUUUUAUAAAAAUAAAAAAAUUGCAACUGAAUAGACCAAUUAACUUGUAUUUGUAUAAAGAGAAAAAAGAAUUAUAGCUUCUUUUGUGAAGGUUUCCAACAGCUGUAUAAGGUAAUAUUUAUGGACAGGAGAGACCAAACAUUCUGUAAUAAUAGUGUAUUAGUGCUGUGUAUAGUUCUGUGGUUUCUUCCAACAUCUCACCAACCAAACUGAUAAGAUUUACUCAAAAUACUUAAAGACAAAAAAAUAAAAAGUAAUUAUAGGUACAAGGGGACUUUCAGGCUUAUGCUGGGAAGAAUCUGAUAAAUGGACAUAGUUUGUGUUUCUAGGAAGAAUUUACUGAUGAUUCAUAUAACUUGUAUUUUUAAAAUUAGGUUCUCAUUUCUUAAUUUCAAAACUUUUUAUCCAAAGACUCAAUGACUAAAUAUAACAAGACUUUUGUGAGAUUGAAUUUUGACUUUUUUGAUAUUUGACGUUUAGUGUAGACAUUUUGCAAAUACUGGAUUUGAUUUUCUAUACCAUCAUAAUGUUAAUGCUUAACAUUGGGCACUUACUGUGUGCUAGGCAGUAUAAGUACUUUACAUGCAUAAUGUCAAUCUUAAUUAUUCCCUAAGAAGCUUAAGAGUAUUUAGCUCUGUCUCACAAAUGAGAUAAUGAAAUUCAGAGAGUUUAAGUUACUUGCCUAAAGAAGUCAUAGCUAGUAAAUCAUGGAGCCAGUUUCAACCCAGACAGACUACACACUCCAGUUCAUGCUCUUAAUACUUUUGCCUGCUAACUUUGUUAAAUGCUGUUUUUAAUUUUAGUAAGAAAGACCAUGCUAAAAAUAUUUUCAAGAGUAAAGGAUAUUUUCUUACCUCCAUUGUUGCUUUAAAAAUAGCAUUAAGAAAAGAUAAAAUUAGUAUGCCCAAACAUUGUUAAUAAAAGACAAAGUAACUAAAACAUAUAUCCAGGGUUUCUCUGGGAGACAAAUAUUAUGUAUUGGCUUCUAAUUUAAAAUUGUUCAUCUUAUGAAACAUGAUUUGACUUUGGUUGGCCUUUUAUAGUUUACAUAAAACAAAGUUAAUUUUCCUCAAUUCUGUGAUUUAGAUAUUUCCCACAGUGAGCAAAUAAGAAUAAAGUUUGAAUUUAUAUCAGUAGUUUAGUCAUUUAAUAAUAGGGUAUGGCAGAAGUAGAAUACUUUGUCAGUAUUUAGCCAGUUAGUUAGUGCUAUAAGUAUUUUGGAUUAAUCUUUAGUGUUUUAAAGAAGUCUAAGAAAAACCAACCGAAGUUUCUGUGUGUUUUUAAUUAUGUUGAAUGUCGUUCUUGCUAGUGGAAUGAAUAAAAUGGUAAAUUUGGUUCAAAAAAGCACAUCAGUAUGGCUCUUGAAACUAGUAAGCUUACAAGCAGCUAGGAAAAUGACAAUAGGAAGAAAUGAUAUUUUUAACUGCUCAGAGAUUAUAUAGAUGAUUUGAGGAGUAUAUGGGAAGACUUAAAAAUGCUUCUUAAAUAUAUAUCAAUAAAAGCUAAGAUGAAGCUUAAAGUGCAGUUAUCACUUAAUAUUGAACUGCUUCUCAAUCUAGGCUGGGAUGGUGGUGGUAGAUAAGAGGCUAUCACAAUAGUAAACACAGGCUUUGUAUUUUGAUUGUAAAAUUAAUGGAUUGAUAUGAAUAGUUAAUUUUACUCCAUAAUCUUUAAUAUAUUUUUUAACUUUAAAAAGUUUAUUACAGAAAGCUGGCUUCUACUGCUUGGGAGCCAUUUUUGCAUAUCUGUUCCCAACUCUGCCUUCAGUGACAUGUUGAUAACUUAAACUGGCCACGGUAGGAGUAUUUACACCAUGGAAAUUGGUAAAUGCAGAAAAUCAGGGCAUUUUCCACCCCAGAGAGCCAAUAACCAGCACACCACCAAUUUCAAACAGAUAAAAGAGAAUAGUGUACUAAAUCCUCAUAUACCCAUUGCCCAGCUUCAAUAAUUAUCUCAUAGCCAGGUUUGUUUCCUCUCCUAGAUGUAUCAGGUAUACUAGUGGCAUAUUGGUUCUCUAGUUUAAUACCCAGUGGCACUUUAAUUAUCUUAAAGCCAAACAUUUUUGACUCGAGGUAUUCUGAAAAAUAUAGAUCAUGCCUAGAAAGUAAACUUAAUCCCAACCAAGAGAUAGGUAAGAAUCAUUGUGUUAGAAGCACACACUUACCACUUACUGAAAACACUGUCAAGAGCAUUGGCUCUUGGUCCAUAUAUCACCUAAUAAGCAGUGACCCUAUCAAUCACCUCCAUCUUUGUAUUAAAUGUAAGCUAAUAUUUACUGAGCUAUAAUAGAUACUGUGUAUUUAUGAUCUUUAAUUACAUGUGAAUUAACUAUAUCAUUUAGUUCCAAUAACCCUAAUAAACCUAUUUUGGAGAUAAGAAAUGGAAGCCUAUAGCCUGUCUUUUUAUAAGAAAGCCAGAAGAGGUUUUUACAUUUUUAAGUAGGGUUACAUAAGUACCUAUGUAAUGGCAUUGAUUUUGUCUCUCAGCUCACAAAUUGUAAAAAUAUUUACUGUGUAACCCUUUAAGGAGUUUGCCAACCUACGUCUGGUCUAAAAUUUAAUUUUACAUCGAAAGUAUUCUGUAUAAUAUUCCUUUUGUCCUUAGAAUAUUUUUUUGAAGUAGCCAAAGCAUACGUUUUAUAUCAGAAUUAUUUGCUGAUUGCUUUAUUUAUCAGGCACUAUUUUAACUUUACAAAUAGGGCAACUGAUGCUCAAGAGAAGUGAAUUGCUAUCAUAAGCAGCAAGAGCAAUAUUAGAACUGUGUUUUUUUUCUCCCAGCUACAAAUACCAAGAUUAAAUAGAGAAAAUAAAAAUGCAAUGAUAUCCUCCAUUUUUUAAGAAUAUUAGAUUAUUUAGGAUUUUAAAAUGUUCUGAAUAUUUUACUUAAAAACUAAGUAAAUUUAUCACUUAGGGCUAUUUUCAUGAAGCAGUGCUUUGUUAAGAACAGAACCAUGAAUAACAAAGUCAAAAAAGCUUUCUGGAAAGUCUUUAUUUUUCUGUUAUCUUUUUGUGGUAAUCCCAAAUGAUCAUUUCCUAAUUUUUAUAUGCCUGACUGGGAUCUAUGAAAUAACAGAAGUACAAUUCCCCAUCCAAAGAAUAAAAGCAUCAGACAUACUGAAAGGCUUUGAUUAAAUUGUUUUAUAUUUUCAGGAAUAAGAGUGACUGUACACUCUUUUAUUGACUAGAUGGUAAUUUGGUAAAAGUUUUAUAGAAUUUUUACUGAUUUAUGGUUUUCCAUGAUGUUUUUUAGGGCAACAUUCCACCAAAUCAUAGCUUUGCAAAAGUUGUAGUGCCAUAUGUAGCGCUUUAGUAUGACAGUGGCUUCAUUUUAAAACCAGAAUCAAGCUGAACGUAGCUUUCUAAAGGUAAAAUUUAUGCUUUAUGUAUAGUUGUAAAACACCAAUAUCCUAGUGUCCUAUUAUUGUUAAGAGUGACUAUAAUACUCUCGUUGAAAAGUAAAUUUAUAUAUCGAAUGAUGAAACUUCAGGUUGUAAUAGAAGUGAAAAAAAAGUAAAAAAAGAAAACUUGUCUUUUUGAUUAAAGCUUUAUGGAACAGAAUUUGUAUUUCAUCAGAAUGACUAUCUAGGACCCUUUUCUGGUAUUGAAAGCAUGGUGUCUUAACCUAAAGGAAGCAAGUGGAAUUGUUAGAUUUUUUUUUUUUGUUGUUAUCUAUUUAACUAGUGUAACCUCGACUAGGUAUAGUGCAUUAAUAUGAAAUACUUCUGAAAUAUACAAUCUUUUUUAAAAAAUGGAACCUAUACAAAAAGAUCACAUGCUGCUAGACAGAAUGUUGAAAUGACUGGUGUGUAAUAUUUUUUAAAACCUUCAUUUUUGGUCAGCAUAAAUUUCCUUUAAUAAUUUCUCUCUCCAUUUCCAGUAGGAUUUCAUUUCAUUUCAUUUCAAGCCAGUAUAAAGUUUUACAGUUUUAGUCUUUAUGGAUUCCAAGUCAUUUAAGAUGAAAAUGGAAAUGCAAAGUUUACUUAAGAAAUUUAAUUUUCUUCUUCUGUAACAUCUAAGUCUUCAUCCUCUUCAUCAUCAUCUUCUAUUUGUUGAUCCUUUCUUAGUCGACAGGUGGAUACCUGUUAAAAGUUAAAACAUUUUAAAAAAUACUAACUAAAAAAUAUUUUUACAUGCGCCCUGAUAGAGAAGGGCACAUAGAACAAAUAUUUCAGAAAAAUGUCCAUAAGUAAUAACUUUUAGUAAUGAAAAUUCCCUAUGAAUUAUUGUAUUUUAAGGUUUGAAAACAGACGCAAAUUUUUUUCAUUCAUGUUAUUUUUUGAAGAAAAAUGUGAAAUUAGCCAUUUGAUUCUAGUUGGGUACAGGUACUUCAAUAACCGACUUUCAGAGAAAAGUAUAGUCUCCAUAUAUUAUAAAUGUCAAAAAAUAUUUUAAGUUAAACAAUUCUUAGGUCACAAAAACAGGUAUCUGAAUGAGAGUCAUUAAAGGGAUGGCAAAAACACACGGAUGUUUCAACUAGGCAACUGAAAUAUUAAACUUUAAAAAUAGUGUGAUUUAAAUGUAAUGAGUUGAGAAUCUGAAUUCACUACUUGGGUUUAAGUCCUGACUGUUGCCACUUGGGUCAUCCUGCUUCAUACUUUUCUGAGGGUGAUUAUACCUCCCAGGGGACAUCUGGCAAUGUCUGGAGACACUGUUGAUUGUCAAAACUGGGGGUGUGUGUUUGUGUGUGUGUUACUGGCAUCUUGUGGGUAGAGACUAGGGAUGCUGCUCAACAUCUGUACAAUGCACAGGACAGUACCCCUGCCUCCUUCCCCCCCUCCAGAUUAUCUGGCUCAAAGUUAAUAGUGCUGAGGUUGAGAAACCCUGGGAUUAUGUAUUCUAAAGUGCUACACAGAUCUUGGCUAACUUAGGUGAUAUUAUUAGCUCUAAAAGGUCAAAACUCUGCAUGUACUAUAAUACUAGAUUUAUGGAAUUUAUGUGCAAGGCACUUAGUACUGGAAUAAUAAUAUAAUUUGGUUAGGGGGAGAGAUGCAUAAAUAAAAAGCAGUAAAUAAAUACUUAGAGGAGAAUCAAAUGAAAACAGAAGGUACUGGGUCACACUUACCUGAAAGUUAUAUUAUGAAAAUAUUUUGCUCAGUUUUAAAUUCUGAAGGCUAGAUAUGAAAAAGGCCAUAGCUUUCUAAAUCAGGAGUUGGCAAGCUAUAGCCCAGUUUGUGGCGUUUCUGUAAAUAAAGUUUUAUUACAACUA